GUGACUUCCGGCGAGAUUUGGAGACAGCACAGAAAUCUAACACGUUCGCAUAAGUUGUGGGUAGCAGAACAGCGAACAAAAUGGAUUUUGUUAUUGGUAUGCUGCCUGAAAGCGUCAGGAAUUUGCCCACACAUAUGGAUUUUGAUGGACAAAGGAGAGCAGAAAGAAUAUUCCAAAUAAUCAUAGUGCUGUUUGCAGCUGUAGGCUUUGUAUGGGGUUAUAUCUGCCAGCAGUUUUCACAGACUAUGUACAUACUAGGAGCUGGAUUUGUACUCUCUUGCCUGUUAACUCUGCCACCUUGGCCGAUCUACCGACGGAAACCCCUCCCGUGGCAGAAGGCCCGUCCAUCAGUAGAUGAAAAAGAGGGCAGCACAAGUCAAGCUGCCGCAGCCCCUGCUGGAAAAGGAAAGAAGAAAAAAUAGUGCAAUGACUCAAAAGAACUCUAUGAAUUCAAGAUAUUAAAUAAUAUUAUGUGUAUAUAUAUAUAUUGUAUUUUAUAGGGACCAUAAUAACUGUAUCUGGUCAAUAAAGUCUGAUGUUC